AACAAUAUUCUCAACUUAUAAUUCGCCAAUUCAAUCUUCUCCAUCUCACCUCAUCGACUUCAUAACUUUUCUCCUUCUACCUUCACAUAAAAUCGUAUUCCAACACAGAUAUUCACAAUUCAUACGAUAUUAAUUAUCCCUUCGUCUUCCAACCAUCAGCUCUCCUCUCGUAGAAUUCAACAAUUUCAAACCCCCUCACGAUGCAGCUCAAGCGAAAGCGUUCCGAGUCCGAGCUCUCCAGCUCCUCUAGCCCCUUCGGCUCGCCUUCGCGACCAGAGCAGCUCACCAUGAUGGAUAUGGACAGUAUGGCCAACGUAUCGCCUAUUCGUCGUACUUCGCGGAGCUCAACACCUUCCCACUUACACAGCCGCACCUUGAAACGGUUCCGCAAUAGCCGUCCUUCGGACGAGGAAAUCCACGAACGUACCUUAAACAUGCUAUAUACCGCCCAGAAACAGCACAUUGUCCACCAGCAAAACUCUCCGUUCGCCAGCCUUCUUACACAGCCUCAACCUCAACCCGCACAGAUGCCGUCGCAAGGAGCCCAGGCGUCACUCCACAGCUUCUGGAAACUUCCCAACGCAGCAUCUGCCUCAAACACCUCAGUUCCACCUCCCGUCGAUCACCUAGUAUAUGACGGCCCUACCAAUUGCGAGGAUUGCGGACAGGCACUACACGAAGGUGCGAGCGAAGACUCAAUGGACGUAGACGGCUUCUGCUCAGAGGUCGACACAAGCUGUGGAGGGUGUGGGAAACACGUCUGCUCGCACUGCUCCAUCACCAACCUGGGCGAGCAGCGAAAGUGCUUGAUAUGUGCUGGGAGGAAGGUCUGGGUCGGCGGUCUCGGAUGGGCUGGUGUCUCAGGUAUCAAGGUCUGCUAAAAAGUGGAUUCAUUCGGAUUAUGUAUAUGGUAUCAGGAUUACACGCUUAGCUACAGGUUAUCCUGAAUAAGGAGCUUUAAGGCGGCGCUGGACAUUUAAGAUGGAUAAGCGUUGGAGUUCAAGGCGAACACGCCAUCGCCGGGUUAUAUGUUUGAGUUUGGGGUUUGGACACACUCUAGUACAGGCGUCUUGCAGCAGGCAACGUUAUUAUAGGGCAUUGGUAGCCCUUAUUACUUGAUACUUGGUAUUCUUCAAGAGUACUCUUCUUCACAGGUCAAUAAUAAAAGUUUCUAAAGAGAGUUUUUGUGAGGAUUCGAGCUUCAUAUCGGGAGUAUUGGCAUGGCCAUAUCUAUACUUUCACGAUCUACAUAAUAAUAAGUUCAAGUGUAAGAUAUAAUAAUGAAUUGUUUUCAGAGUC